CUUGGUUUCUGCUCAAGGAUACUCCGGUCUUUGUCAUAAUCAUGUGUGUCCUUUUGCAACAACUGCUGCUGGGCCAGGCCAAUGUUAUAACAGCAAACACAAAUGUAUCAUAUUUAACAAAUGUAGAUAAAAAAUUAGAAGAAAAUUUAUUAAAUUUUCAAAUUCCUCUGUUGGGGGGCACAAAGAGUGUCCAAGGAGUGGAAAAGGGGAAGUUGGGCGCCACAGCUGAAUUUGAGGAAGAAAAUCAAACCAAAGAAGUCGAAGAAGAAUUUAGUAUAAUCGAUGUAAAUAAAAUACAAAUAGAAGAGCGAAUUAUAUUUAAAACAAAGGAUUUUAGUAAAAAUUUAGUUAGCAACAACAACAACAACAAAAAAACACAAAGCCAACAGAAUAUGGUCUCAAAGGAGCCGGAGAAACAGAGGAUGGAAAAUGGCGAAGAUGAAAUGGUUUUUGAUAAUAAAAAUUCACCAGAAGCCACAGUCACUGAGCAGAAACAAAAACAAUCCGCUCCCAAAGAACUGCCAACAAAACAGGACAUUAGCAACAAUUCCCUGGUAAUAAAAUCUGCCCCAGUGCAGGAAAACACAUUAGCGCCAGGCAACAAUACCAAGAGCUUCAUAUAUGGCACACAAACUUCUGCCACCUCUCCGGCGUCUCCACCCACCAUAAAUAGCCAUAUAAACAAUACAACAUCACCCCCCUCCACCGACAUUAAAAAUUCUCCCCGACCCAUGGGAAAAGUCAGUGGUAGCACCGCUAGUAGUGGUGGCGGUGGUGUUGGGGCCAAUGGCAUUCUAUUUCCUAAUCUUUAUGGCAUUCGUGAAAAUGUUAUGCUACCCUCCGAGGAUCCCGAACGGGAGGCCCGAAUUCUCUAUGAAAAAACCUUAAAGGAAUAUCUUGUCAAAAAUAGCAUGCAUGAACAGAAACAGGACAAAGUAAACUCCACAUCAUCGUCGUCGUCAUCAUCAUCGUUGGCCAAGGAUUCAUCAGCCUCGGCGACAUCCUCAUCAAAUGCCAGCCAGUCUUCGGAUUCAGCACAGCAACAAAGGACACUGCAUGCUGUUUGUGAUGUCUGGUCACAAAAGCAUUGCCAUUGUACGGGGACACUGGGUAGACUGUCGUUGAGCUGUCGCAACAUUGGUAUCCUAGCUGUUCCAGUGGAUUUACCCGGUGACACAGUGCUAUUAGAUUUGGGCAAUAACAACAUAACCAAACUGGAAGCAAAUUCGUUUUUUAUGGCCAACAAUUUGGAAGAAUUGACAUUGGCGGAUAAUAAUCUGGAAGUCUUGGAUCCUUUGGCAUUUUAUGGUUUGUCAAAGUUGAAACGUUUAAAUCUACAAAACUGUGGCCUUAAAACAUUGCCCGCAUUCGCAUUUCAAGGUUUAACUAAUUUGGUGUCCUUGCAAUUAAAUGGUAACGCCUUAGCAAGCAUGGAUCGCAACAGCCUGCAGCAUUUGCCAAAAUUACGCACCCUACGACUCGAAGGCAAUUUAUUCUAUCGGAUACCCACUGAUGCUUUGGCUGGAUUAAAGACACUCGAAGCACUAAACCUUGGCAGCAAUCUAUUGACAAUAAUCAAUGAUGAGGAUUUUCCAAAAAUGUCAAAUUUAGUGGUACUUCUACUGAAACGUAAUCAAAUCAUGAAAAUCUCGGCUGGCGCCUUUGCAAAUUUAACAGCUUUGGAAAUUCUAGUUUUAGAUGAUAAUCUGAUUAAUUCACUGCCCGAAGGCCUAAAUAAAUUGACGCAUCUACAGGAAUUUUCAGCCACAAGUAAUCGCCUGCGAUGGAUCAACGACACCGAUCUGCCGAAGACCCUACAAACAUUGGAUUUGCGUGCGAAUCCCAUUUCACAAAUUAUGCCUGGUGCAUUAAGGGGUAUGACGAAGUUAAGGAAAUUAAUUCUAUCGGAUGUACGAUUUCUAAAGACAUUUCCCGAUUUAGAGGGAAGCUAUUCAUUGGAAAUCUUAAAAUUGGAUCGAGCUGGCAUUAUGGAGGUGCCGGGAAAGUUAUGCCAUCAAACACCAAGACUGAGAAGUUUAGAGUUAAAAACAAAUUCCAUACGAACCAUUCCCUCAUUAGCACAUUGCAGAGAAUUGAGACUGUUAGAUUUAUCAAGCAACCUUAUAGAUAAUUUACAAGGACGUCCAUUCCAAGGCUUAAAACAAUUACACGAUCUGUUAUUAUCGUAUAAUCACAUUAAAACAAUACCUCAUGAUGCCUUUCAGGGCAUAGCCAAAUUACAAUUAUUAGAUCUAGAAGGUAAUCAAAUCUCCUCCAUCCACAAAGAUGCCUUUGUGGGCUUCUCCUCGUUGGAGGAUUUAAAUUUGGGCAAUAACAUCUUUCCGGAGCUGCCAGCGAAUGGUCUACAGCGACUGCUGCAUCUCAAAACCUUCAAUAAUCCAAAAUUACGUAACUUCCCCUCACCCGAAACAUUUCCUCGUAUCCAGACACUGAUACUCUCCUACGCCUAUCAUUGUUGCCCAUUUAUACCGCUUGUGGCAAUGUCGGCCAGCAAAAAGCCACCACUAGUACAGGAGGCGGUGCUGUUCCCCUCCGAUGCAGAGUUCGAUAUGAGUUUGUGGAACAAUAGUAUGAUGGAUAUAUGGCCACAGCUGCAUAACCUGAGUAAAAAAUUCGGCACCGAAAUGCAUGAUAUUUGGGAUAACUUUGGCCAGGAUUUUACCUAUCCUGGAAAUAUACCCACCUACAUGGAAGAGUAUUUUGAGGAGGAAGGCGCUGGUACGGGUACUGGUACCGGUACAGGAGGCAUGCAAACGGCCACGGGAACAGCCAGUACGUUUGCCACCUCCUUUGGUGGUGGUGGUCUUUUCGCCACAAUCGGAACUGAACAUACGCCCGGAAGUAUACAAUGUUUACCCAUGCCGGGUCCAUUCUUACCCUGUGCCGAUCUAUUUGAUUGGUGGACAUUACGUUGUGGUGUCUGGGUGGUUUUCCUCUUGGCACUGCUGGGCAAUGGUACGGUGGUAUUUGUUUUGAUAUUUUCCCGUUCAAAAAUGGAUGUCCCGCGAUUUUUGGUCUGCAAUCUGGCAGCUGCGGAUUUUUUCAUGGGUGUCUAUUUGGGUAUUUUGGCCAUUGUGGAUGCCUCGACGUUGGGAGAGUUUCGUAUGUUUGCCAUCCCCUGGCAAAUGUCGGUAAUGUGUCAAAUUGGUGGAUUCCUGGCCGUGCUAUCGUCGGAGCUUUCGGUCUACACCCUGGCGGUGAUUACGUUGGAGCGAAACUAUGCCAUCACCCAUGCCAUACAUUUGAACAAGCGUUUGUCCUUGAAACAGGCUGCCUAUAUUAUGGUGGUUGGCUGGACUUUUGCCCUGGUCAUGGCUGUACUGCCAUUGGUUGGAGUAUCCGAUUAUCGUAAAUUCGCCGUAUGUUUACCGUUUGAGACGACGACAGGCAUUGCCAGCCUGACUUAUGUCAUAGCUUUAAUGUUCAUCAAUGGUUGUGCCUUUCUGACCCUAAUGGGCUGUUAUUUGAAAAUGUAUUGGGCCAUUAGGGGUUCGCAGGCAUGGAAUACCAAUGACUCGAGGAUAGCCAAGAGAAUGGCUUUGCUGGUGUUUACAGAUUUUUUAUGUUGGUCGCCGAUUGCCUUCUUCUCGAUAACGGCCAUUUUUGGUUUGCAGCUGAUCUCCCUGGAACAGGCUAAGAUUUUCACGGUCUUCAUUUUGCCUCUGAAUUCGUGUUGCAAUCCUUUUCUCUAUGCCAUCAUGACGAAGCAGUUCAAAAAGGAUUGUGUAAAUCUGUGUAAACAUUUCGAAGAGACGAGGGUGACAAGAGGCACCGGAGCCAUGGCCAGGGGUCGAGGUAUGACAGCGGAGCGUUUACCCAAAGAGUUGCCACCCCUGCUGCCAGCUGUUCAUCCACCGGGAUGCAGAUGUUUGCGCAUGAUGCCUGGCGAAAUGCCCAUCUGGCAUCGGAUGCAAGAAAAGGAGGGUUCCAUAUGGUCGCGUAGCUGGCAAAAGCUGUGGUCCUGGUGCUCUUGCUGUGUCACCUGUUGUGAGCGAAAUAGGCCUCAGCGCCUGGAUAAGAGGCGUGGUCGUGCCAGUCGAGGCAAUAAAAACGAUCCCUACCAAUAUCCUUUUUCGGAAAUGAAACAGAAGAAGCAGCUGAGGGCCAGUUCCAUUUCCAGUGAGAAUUUCUGCUCCUCUCGCUCAUCCAGCUGGCGUAAUGGCAAUGUGACGGGUCCUCACAUGACGGGCCAUGCCCAUGGCCAUACCUGUUCGAUACCCAUGAAAAUGAUGGAUCCCAAUCGUAGAAGGCAUUCCACGUGGUUGAUUACGCGCAAGACGUCACAGGAUUCGAAUUUGUCCUCCUCGCGCAAUGACUCUUCGGCAUCGGCCACAACGGCGAGUACCUCAACGUUUCGUCUCUCGAGAUCUAGUGCGGGAAGUACCACUCCCCUGCCUUCGAUAAUAACCCACCCCAAUAAACAACAUCAACAACAUCAGUUCUCUUCGACGCUACCCAAACCCCGUUUGGUACGUCAAGAAGCUGUCCAGGAGGAAGAGGACUCCUCACCACCUCGACUGGGUGUACGUUUCCUGCCCACCAUACCGUCAGCAGCCGACAGCUCAGUUGUCAUGGAGGAUGGCGAUUCGGGUUUAAGUCCCGAAUACACCGGCCUUUAUGCUGCCCUACAAAAAUCCCAUCCCCAACAACCGUUUACGGUCAAGGCGGUGGUAAUCUCCUCGAAUAAUGGCCCCUCAACAUCGACGGCUGCCGCGGCCAAUACCUCACAUCCUAGUAAUAGUAGUAGUAAUUGUAAAAACGAUACUCCCCAAUCACCUCAGACCCAGACCACACCCCUAUCACCACCGCCCCAACUGCAGCCACCUGAACCCCAGGAUAAACCGCCAUGACCACGGGGUAAAUAUGAGCAGCAGCCACAACAGAAACCGUCACAGCAAAAGAGGACAAUAUUUUUUAGAUCAAUCGGUAAUAAAGAAGCUUUUCUCUAAGAACAAUGUUUCGCAAUAGGUCUAAGGUAGAAAAUAGAA